AUGUGGAGUGAUAAUUCAAGUAAUUACGGCUUUGGUUCUAACUGGAGUCGUAUUUGCCACACACCAUAUUGCCAUACUGCUGCAAUGACUUGUUUAUGUACGGAUGCUUCCAACCCCAUGAACCAGUGGUACAAUAAUGUAGUGCCAAAUUCGACCAACUUACUAACAUACCAAGGAGCCCCCCAGAAUCCCAUUUCUGGUUUCCCUCUUGUUAGCGAUCCUGUUGAUCCUCUCUUUCAUGUAGAAAAUGGUCAGGAAGUCAGAGAGCAAAUGGGUACAAAAUAUAGUGAAGAAAUUGAUUCUUGGUUGCUGCUCAAUCCUGAUAAUAGGGAGGAUCAAAACAGUUUGUCAUCAAACCAGAUUGAUGGCUGCUUGAAUCUUAGAAGUUACAACCCAUGGACUGGAAAUCCGUACCAGGGUCAAUUGAAUCAGCUGCAAACUCAUGGGAUUCAACAGGCAUCUCUCCCACCAACAACUGGUGUUCUCAGUGGCAUUGUAUCAGAGACAACUAUUGGGAGCUUCUCAAACACCAUGGAUCUGCCGAGAGAAUGGACACCAAACCACUUCUCUCUUCAACCUUUUCAUUAUGGAAAUCUAAUAGAUGAAACAGUGGGAUUAAGCCAUUCAAACUCAACUAGCAUUUCCUCAGAAGGGACACACCUUAUUUCAAGAGCAGCUGGAUCAUCAUCGUCAAAGAAGCCAUUUUUUAAAUUACCCCCUAUGAGCAGACAAGAGCGAGUUCUACGUUAUUUUGAGAAAAAGAAAGCGAGGAAAUACGUGAAGAAAAUACAGUAUUCUUCCAGGAAAACAUACGCACAGACUCGGCCUCGAGUACGUGGUAGGUUUGCAAGGAGAUCCCCAACGGAUAAGACGGAUGUUUAAAGUGAACUGCUAUGGAUGCCAAUAACUGGCAAUAAGACUUGGUUCUUUGGAGUUUCUCCCUCAUGGGUCAUUGGUUCGAGUCCUGCAAAGCCACUGGGGAUUUUCCUGGUUGUUCUCCAGGACCUUGGGAUUAGUCGAGGAAUGCACAAGCUGGCUAGACACCCACGGUUAAAAAAAUGGCGAAAGUGGUAAGCAUAUAUAGGUUGCCAAUUUUAAAGCACUAUUUUAACUUACUUUUCUCAAGUA